AGGAGAGGAGCGCCUCUACACAUAUAUUCUCCGACUCUGGGAGUAAUAUUGAGCAGAGAAGUUGUUCAGUCACUAGUGUGCGCUCAGUCAAGGUUUGAAGCGGGGCCGGCUAGUUUACAUUGACCCUACCCCCAUCUCAGAUCAGUUGUGUUUUUUAAAUCUAAACCAAGCUGUUUAGGAGUUAACUUGUAUUCGAAUAUAUUCCAGGAAACGGAUUUAAAACUAAACGUUUCCUAAGAUUUCGUGUUAAAUUCAAUUGACUCUAGAUGUUCGUGACUCCUGGAAGGAAUGCUUGUUGAGGAUUUAAAACCUAAAUUCAGUUCUGAAGAACUAUCGAGAGGAAGGAUGCUAAACCUAAUGUGGUCUCAGGACUGUGAUAUUAUUAUUAAAGAGGAGCAGGAUCAUUGCUCGGACCGGAGCAGUCCUAGGCUAAUAGAACAGAUACAUGGAGCAGCGUAUCAUGAUUUAAACUACGGAGUUACAGUGACCCUUACCCCUACGGAGACGGACGGUUAUGAAUAUUUAGAACCGGAGGAAUCUUCAACUCUUCAAACUCUUCAACCCCUUCCUUCAUUCCAUUCUUUACCAUCGUCACCCUCUAGGAAGCAGCUUGACUUUGUUCCAGUCAGCAUCCAUGAGUUCGUAAACAGCAGUUCUGCUCAUUCUCCGGAUAGUAGCGGUCAACCUUCAGCUUUUCAUCCUACUCCUCCUCAGGAGUCGGGAUCAGGACCAAGGAGAAGAAAGAGAACGAACUCCGGGUCUAGUGGGUGUUCUAACACGUCUUCAACCUCUAAGGCUACUAAGAGAAGACGGCCUCCUAUUUCCCAUGAUGAGCUUAUGUUGCAAAGAAACCAAGCAAACGUGCGUGAGCGGCAGAGGACGAAGAAUUUGAACGACGCGUUUUCAACUCUCCGGGAGAUAGUUCCAACUCUUCCUUCAGAUAAACUCUCCAAGAUACAAACCUUGAGGCUCGCUAGUAGAUAUAUAGAUUUCCUUAAUAAUAUCUUGAAUGACACCAGUCCUCAGUCCUACGAGAGCAGGACGGGUAUCCAGGCUGGAGUUUCAGUACGAGAAGAGCUCUCUCAUCAGUUCAACGUAUGGAGGAUGGAUCUAGAAUACAGAGCACCUGGAAACGUCUCACCAGACUUGUGAAUCUCCCAGCCUUAAACUGAGCUUUAUGCAAUCAAAGAGACUUAAAAAUUUAUCAUUCUACGAGCUUUGGUUUCAGAACAGAAAAUUCUAGUGAAACCUAAAAUUCUGAAACCCUUUGUAUUUACGCGACGAAUUUACUUAAUACUCUUCAUUGAAGAAAUGAGAACAAUUCAGAGUUUCCAAGUUACUCCAGGUCCUAGUCUCUAGUCCCUACUGGAACCAAUAUUUCUCAAUGAAUCUCUCUGCUUCCUUUUCCCUGAUACAGCAUCACUUACUCAACCUUAACCUUUACUCUUCUAAACUAGAUCAUGUAUUAAACAAAGUGCCUAAUAGAUCAUCAUACAAAAAAUACGAGGCCUACAUAU